GCGGCGGCGUUGUUGCCUGAGGGGAAACGGGACACCUGAAUGCCCCCGGCCCCGGCUACUCCGACGCGAUGGGGAAGGUGCUAUCCAAAAUCUUCGGGAACAAGGAAAUGCGGAUCCUCAUGUUGGGCCUGGACGCGGCCGGCAAGACAACAAUCCUGUACAAGUUGAAGCUGGGCCAGUCGGUGACCACCAUUCCCACCGUGGGUUUCAACGUGGAGACGGUGACUUACAAAAACGUCAAGUUCAACGUAUGGGAUGUGGGCGGCCAGGACAAGAUCCGGCCGCUCUGGCGGCAUUACUACACCGGGACCCAGGGUCUGAUCUUCGUAGUGGACUGCGCCGACCGCGACCGCAUCGACGAGGCCCGCCAGGAGCUGCACCGCAUUAUCAAUGACCGGGAGAUGAGGGACGCCAUAAUCCUCAUCUUCGCCAACAAGCAGGACCUGCCUGAUGCCAUGAAACCCCACGAGAUCCAGGAGAAACUGGGCCUGACCCGGAUUCGGGACAGGAACUGGUAUGUGCAGCCCUCCUGUGCCACCUCAGGGGACGGACUCUAUGAGGGGCUCACAUGGUUAACCUCUAACUACAAAUCCUAAUGAGCAUUCUCCACCCAUCCCCUGGAAGGAGAGAAAUCAAAAACCCAUUCAUAGGAUUAUCGCCACCAUCACCUCUUUGAAUCGCCACUUUUCUCUUUUGAAUUUGAACUCUGGAGUUACUGUUCUACGGUUUGGGGGGGGUGGCUGGGGGUUUUCUUUUUUGUUUCUCUUUUUCCCUUUUUUUUUUUUUCCCUUUGCGUUAGGAUGCUCUGAUCUGACAUUUGACAUGAACACGAAGUGCUAGAUGCUCUUGUUAACUUCCAGCAAAUGGGAUGGGGGAAAUAUAGCAGUUCUUGGUAAAGUCCUUUGUAAUAAUGGUUUGAUUUUUUUUUUUUUUUUUUUUUGAGAAAAUCUUUCUUUCCCCAAUGUAUGCUUUUUCCUUUUUGCCCAGUUUCCUUAUCACUUGCUGUAGAUGGCUUAUUUUGCAUUCAUGCAGACUAUGUUGCAAGUCUGUUUCAUCUAGUAAACUGAAAAUUAUUGCUUAAUCAAACUGCCGUUUGUCUUUUAUAUUUAAGGCCUUUCCUCCCUCCCUUAUGAGUUCUAACUUUAACUUAGUAAUUUCAAAUGUGACCUUUUAUAUCUAAGACCAGUACAGUAAACUCAGCCCACAGUGGCAAAUAAUGAGUAAUAUCAUUGUAAUAUGUUCCAGUUGCACAUCAGUAUGUUAAACAGGUAAUGUAAGAAGUUUUUUACAAUGUCAGCAAUUAAGUUCUGAAACGUACAUCAUGCAUGAGUAGGAAUAAAACCCAAGUUCCCCCUAAUGUAGCUAACUUGCGCUAAAAAUAUGAAAGUGUAAACCCAUCAAGGACACAGAUUUGUUUUUCACUGCAAAUUUAGUCACUCUGCUGUUUUUCUUCUUUUUUAACUUUAAAAAUAGACUCUUUCCAGAAAUUGGAGCAAUAAUGGUGUAUGCCACACACAAAAUGUUUGUAGAUAUUUUCAGUGACUUUUGGGCAAAACUGGAAUGUAUACUUUUACCUUGUUUCAAAUGUCUAAGACCAGUAGUUUUAAAAGUACUAAACCAUUUACUUUGUUAAUAAAGCAUUAGCUUUAACAAUUCAAAUUAUAUGCACCUUUAACCUAGUUGAAAAAAUACAUAUUUCCUGUUUUCACAGCAACUGAUUAAGCUGAAGAUCCAAGUCAUUUUUCAUAGAUGAGUGAUCCACAUCUCCAUUAAUUAGAACACUGGAAAAGAUGUUUUAUAAAAGAGAUAUUUAAUUUUGUUUAUAGGAUUAACUCAUGCAGAUAGAUAUCCUGUUGGUUCAAUAGUACACUGUCUCCUUUAAAGAAGGAAAUGUGAUGAAUGAAUGAUGUGUAGACUUGAGGGAUGACAAAGGGGAAGUAGGAUGAAGAGAAAACCUACAGAUGACAAUGAAUGUAAACUUAUUUUUCUUCAAGGGUAAGCAGUGUGCUCACUCGUGAUAUCCAGAUCCUAACAAGAUUACUUGGUUAGCUGGUUAGGACCAGUAACUAGAUUGAGACCACUUAUGAUAUUUUGAACCAAAUGUUAAUGCUUGAUCACAGAAUUGUGAAGCAGCAUCUGGUUCUUAUAUAGCCUUAAGGAUUAAUUUUAGUGAUCCUCAAGGAAUUAAACUUAGGGAAUUUCAGAAGUGUAGACUGCAAAGGCAGUAUACAGGAAAAGGUGGAGUGGGUUUUGUUUAUGAGGGUGUCUGAAAACUAAAAUUGAGCGGGAUAUCAAGGUAUAGUUGGACAGUAUUGGUCCUUCAAGCUUUGGCCAUAUUGUAUAAUGGAGCUCUUACCAAAGACGUAUAAGACAAAUAAGGCUAUUAAAAAAAAAAACUAUUCAAAGUAAAACUCUUGACGAAUAUUGUACUUAAAGCAGAUGAGAAAAGGUGCUACGUUGCAGGCUCCUGCUGGUGCAGAGGGAUUUUUUUAUUUCAAGAUGCAACUAAAAUACAGAUUUCUGUUUCACUUUAGUAGAAGUAUCUCUAGCAAUGAGGCUGAUAAAUACAGCUAAGAACAUUUUGGUUGCUUUUUAAAAUUCCCAAAGCUCCACCAUAAAUGUAAUUCUUAGUGUUUUGAAUGAUUACAUUUUAAGGUACAUAAACAUGGGUUAUCCAAAUAUCAAUGCUAUAGUAACAUCCUGAAACAAAACAAGCACAAAGGUAUAAAUAUGCCUAAACUGGAGGAAACUUGAAACCCUCAUGUUAAUUCUUAAAUGUAGUAUUUCUAACUUGUGAAGACAGAUUGGUAGGCAGCCAUUUUUUUGUGUCUUAAAAUAACUGGGGGCAUAGUUAAAAGAUUUUAUACAUCAAGUGAUUGAUAUUGAAUGUUGCAGGUGAGAUGUUAUUUUGGUUUAUCUGAAAUGUCUGAAAAAAGGGGGGAGGGGGAAGCAAAUAUUUGAAAUUUGGAAAACCCUAAAACUUUUGGUAAGAAAUUGUAAUUUUCACUUACAUUUUCUUUAAGGAUAUAAAAGGUUUAUAAUUGAUGUAGUUAAAUUGAACCAUAAUCAUUGGUGAUUAUGGAGCAGGUAAUUAUCACCUGCAGAAAAAAUUAUAAUUUAAGAAUUUAAAAAAUAAGAUCCUGAAAUUUCUGUUUAAUUGCAUCAAUUUCUGUAUUUAUGUGAAUUUAUAAACUGCAGUAAGUUUUGAAUGAGGUUAAUCUUGUUUUAAUAUAAGUAAAUGAGUCUGUAGACUGUGAUCUCCCCAAACUAAAAAGUACAGUACUUGGAAUUGUGUUCUUUAUGGUUGUAGUGUUGGUAAAGCACUAAUAUGCAGAAAAUAAAGGAAUUACACAGUGCA